GUAAAACAGCAAAGAUUUGACGUGGAGAGGACGCGUCAAAUUAAUUCCAGCAAAGUCCGGACUCCCCGGGAUAACUUCAAUUUGCGUUUAUCGGAUGAAGAUCACUUCAUCGGUCAUCUUUAUAGCACACACCUGAAAAGAAGAAGUUUGUUCGCUGUAGCUGGAGGACGCUUUUAUCGGGGAAUAUUUGUUUUUUUGGUGUACUUUCCACCUGGAAAGGCUUCCUGUAUUUCCAAGUAUUUCGGAACGUAAAGAGGCAAAUGGAGCAAACCUAUGGAGAGGUGAACCAACUGGGUGGUGUGUUCGUGAACGGCAGACCCCUACCCAACGCCAUCCGACUGAGAAUAGUGGAACUGGCCCAGCUGGGGAUUCGACCCUGCGACAUCAGCCGACAGCUACGCGUCUCCCACGGCUGCGUGAGCAAGAUUCUAGCCCGGUACAACGAGACAGGCUCCAUUUUACCGGGCGCCAUCGGCGGAAGCAAACCUCGCGUGACGACGCCGAAUGUUGUGAAAAACAUCAGGGAAUACAAACAAAACGACCCCGGCAUCUUUGCGUGGGAGAUCCGGGACAGGCUCUUAGCGGACGGGGUGUGUGACAAGUACAACGUGCCUUCUGUGAGCUCCAUCAGUAGGAUUUUACGCAACAAGAUUGGGAAUCUUUCCCAACCCGGCCAGUACGAAGGAAGCAAGCAAGGUUCUGCUCAAGCCGGCUUGUCUUACAACCACAUUUAUCCUUACUCCUACUCCAACUCCAUGUCUCCUGCUGCUACCAAGAUGGCCACCCCUCCUGGGGUGCCCGUGACUGCGGGACAUGUCAGCAUCUCCAGGGCUUGGCCUUCUGCACACACCGUCAGCAACAUCCUCGGGAUUAGAGCCUUCAUGGACCCCGCAGCAAUUGCUGGGACUGAAGCAUAUCCGACCAAAAUGGAGGAAUGGAGCAGCGUCAAUCGAGCAGCUUUCCCGGCAGCUCACACGGUCAACGGCAUCGACAAAUCAGCCAUAGAUGCUGACAUCAAAUAUGCACAGCCGUCUUCCACGCUGUCCAGUUACGUCUCAGCGUGUGCGUACUCCCCCACCAACCAGUACGGGGUCUACAGCGGCCCAGCGGGAGGCUACGUUGCCCCGGGACACCAUCACUGGCAGCCCCAAAGCCCGGUUCUGUCUCACCCGGGCGGCGGCAUGAUGCACGCUGGCGAGAUCCACUCCACGAUGGCCUUCAAGCACCAUGUCAGAGAAGGAGAACGAAAAGCUCCCAGUCCGCUAAGCAAGCAGCAGCAGCAGCAACAUGAAGACUUGAACGGUGUGCAUGGACUCAGUCUCCCUACCUCAUCAUCAUAACCAGGACUUUUACCAGCUUCAUUCUUUGACUUACCUGAACUCUUUUCAACUGCAGUAAGUCUGAACCCAAUCAAACCCGGGCUUCUCCUCACCUUGUGGAUGCAUAGCCGAGCCUAAAAUGGGCUUUAUGGCCUUAUGAAUGUAAGCUUGCAUGAAUGCAUGGUGCUCCCCCCUUCCUCCAUCGACAUAUUUUGUCAUGAAAAACAAAACCCUUUCUGCACGACCGGUUUGCCAUUGUUUAAAAAAAAAAAGAAGCUGUUAGAUGUGUCUUCAUUUGUGCCAGUCAGCUCCAUUUUGCAGACAUGGGGGGUAUAAAAAAAAGUCUAAAUGUUGAAUAUUUUCCAAAGCUCUAAUUACAUGAUAUAUUUUUAUAAUUUCAUUUUAAUAUUAAAGACAUAAAAAUAAAGUUUUCUUAAAUAAAACCUUGUUUUGUUGCAUUCUAUAUUAUUACAUAUUAUACAUAUUAUAAAUGACUGACAUACUAACUAGUUAACAUAAAAUUAGGAAUUUGGACUUCACAAACAGUUUUCUGGCAUGAUUGUUUUUUUUUCUUGAAAUGUUUUCCAGCAGUUUUUGCUCUUCUCUCCUUCUAAUGGUCUCCACAUUUUGCCUAUAAGCCGAAGAGUAGGGUUUAAUUUGGGUGUUUCUUGUUAGGAAUUAUAAUAUUUGUGUUGGUGCUGAGCUGGAAGAGCAUUCAGGUGUAACCACCACACCUUUCCAAGGAGUUGUGCGCAGCCUGGGCGCCUCUGCUGAUCUUAUCUGACCUGUAAUGACAGCGGCCAUGAUGGAAAUCUAAGGUCUGAUUGGGCGAGUGUGUGCAGCCCACAUCAAGUUCCAGAAUAUCAAUUAGACCCUAUAAAGGCCUAUAGGGUCAACUGUUUAUGCUAUGUUUGCUCUGUGGCCUUCUCACAGCUUUUUUAAUAGACUCCCCCAGCAUUUAUGAGAGGCUGUUCGCUUAUGCCACAACUGAGUUUGCCUGGUUUCUGUAUGCUAGUAUGCUGGGCCUGUUUGUGGUGAGCGCAGGCUUUCAAGUGCAUUGAAAUGUUUUUGCAAAUGUCUCAAAAUAUAGGUUGUUUUUAUGUUCCUUUAAGAGCAUUAUUCAUGGCAACUGCCACUAAUGGAGCCUCAACCGAAUGCAAUGACAUACAAGUUAUCGUAUUAUAUAAGUUAUUAUAAAGUCGUCAUAGUUUUAACAUUCAGUGGCCCCUCCAGCACCAGAAUUGAGGUAUAGAAGUCGGCUUUCCUGCAAACAAGUUAUGAUUGUGAAUCAAGUGUGUGGUCAGGAAAGAAUGUGGUUGGUUGACUCGUCAUUCUUGUCCAAAAUGUCAGGGACGGUUACAUAAAGAUGUUGGUGUUAGAAGUCAAAUAAAGCCAUUAAAAUCAAUGAAAAGCUCUUUUUUUAAUAUAUUUAAUAGUGAUUUAUUCCUAGUACACCAUCUGUUGGGAAACACCACAUCGUCUGUAAUGAACGGCAUUAUUUUAAAUCAACUUUGUACAGCAAUGAUAAUUGAAUACACUAAAAAAAAUCCUUAUAUCUUAAAUUAACAGCGUCAUAGAAUUGCGACAUCCAUUUAUUAUCUAUGCCGAUUGUUCUCACUGGGGUGACAGGGGCAUGCUGGAGCUUAUCCCAACUGACUUUGAGCGAGAGGCAAGGUACAACUGGACUGGUUGCCAGCCAAUCGCAAUUCUCCAAUUAAUUUUUUUAUGUCAAAUUCCCAGCCAAUUUAUACAUAAAGAAAUCAGCAGUAACAAGUUAAUGUCCCAUUCAAAGUCAGCUGGGAUAGGCUCCAGCUUACUCAUGACGCUAAUGAAGGCUGUAUAGAGCUGUAUAGAGAAUGGAUGGAUGCAUAACAUUCAUUGGAUGUAUUAUUUAAGGACUAUUUCAUUUUUUUGUCAUAAUAUGCAUACAAUAUGCUUUAUGAGGUUAUAGGACUCUCAUUCAAUGAAUAGUAUAUGUAGAAUUAGGUCCUAUAAGAGGAGUAUAUGGUGCAUAGAAAAUUAAUUCAAUGAACAGUAUAUGUACAAUUAGGUCCUAAGAGGAGUAUAUGGUGCAUAGAAAAGGAGCACUAAAAGAUAUUGAAUCAUACUGUCCACUAUUUGUACAAACAGUUCUGGUCCAACUGCACAGUGAAACGUCCCACUGAUCCAAUUUAACGGCAAGUUGUAGGAUUUGGGGUUCUUCUGUGCUCAGUGUUUUGUUGCCCCCUGAUUCGUCUCCUCCCCCUUUUUGCAGCAAAGCCCCAAGUGGUUCAGACAGUCCAAACAUGACCAACAUUAGGAUGGCUGACGAGCGUGCACAUGCUCCCUGACUGGAGUCAUUCAUGUUUUCCCGGAUACCACUUGGGGUUCAGAAAACACUCCUUCAUGGUGGCGGGGUUACUUCCUGCGGGACCUAUGAUCAUCAAUCAGGGGCGCAAGUGAUACCCCCCACUGAGUCCUCUGAGCUGGAAGGGCAGCAGGUGGGCUGUUUAGAUGGAUGUUUCCUACUCGUUUGGAGCACAAUUACCUCUGUGAUAUAUAUAAUAUAUAUCUUCAAUUACAUCAUACUGUAGCUUCCUUUUCAAUAGUGUCCAAUGUGGCAAAAGCCGUUUUUGGUCAUCGGCAUAUCUUAAAAUUAAAAUGAAUUUAUUAUUAAUGAGAUAUUAUAAGAUAUGACACUCACACUUUCUCAAUUAUUAUAUUUUUUCUCCACCUUCAAACCCUCCUGCUAGCUUGACGUUGAUGUUCGCCUUUUAUAUUGGAUUAACAUUUGCAAUAAGAGUGUUGUAAUUAUUAUAUGGAAUCGGAGUCAUAGUGUGGAUGUUAGCUUCACUUUUGCAUCUCAAAGCUAUGAUGGUGCAUUCAAGGGUUGUCGAACAAAGUGCGAAAUCUCAGUCAUAUCAGUUGAACCAUAAAGACAUGAACAUGUAAAACCUUUUUUUUUUUAAAUCAUUGGUACUUAUAUGCUGUACAUUUUAAUAUUUUGUACAUUUAAAUAUUUUCUGCAACAAAAAAA